CCACAAGUUUAUGGGUAGAGAGCUUUGCAAAAAAACUACAUAGAGUGUGGAUACUAGCUUUUAAAAAGGGUACAAUAGCAGCACCAGGUACAGAAUAAAGAAUGAGAGAAAACUGGAAAAGACAGCAAAAACUUAAAAAUGUUCCACAAAUUCCUUGCAUCCGAGUCCCUCCCUCUGUUUCUAACUGUUCAUUAUUGAAGGACCUAACCCCAGGGCAACAGUGCUACUUUUAUAGCAUCAUGAGGAUUUAUGAUUCCAGGCCCCAGUGGGAGGCUCUGCAGACUCGCUAUAUUCACAGCCUUCAGCAACAGCAGCGGUUGGGCUAUCUCACUCACCAAGAGGCCCUGUCUCGCGCUGCUGUGCUUGGAGAUUCAACUCAAAGAGCCUUGGCCAAGGUAGCUCCACAAAGGACCACCCCAGAAGUCUUCAGCCAUGACAAGAAAACAUCUGUCAGUGGGACGUGACUCCGGAGUUCAUCCCAGGGCCAAAAGUGCAAAGGGUUGAGCCUCAGGAAGUGAGACUUCGAGUCCUCUGAAGUAGGCAGUUUGCACAUAGAUACCUAGCAUCUAGUGGGUGCUUCGAGCAUAUCUGCUGAAUGAUAAUGAAUAAAAUUAAAGCUCCUAAGACAAAUCACAAACUUAGAAAUAAUCUGUAUUUCACAUAAAUUUUAUUAGCAAGAAUAAUGUGAAAAAAUUUAAAAACAAUAUCUGUAGAAUAAAGUGACUUUUGAAA